CAGAACGACAGGUGGUCGGUGACUCGAACCAGCCGUCCCGAACCUAUCGACUUCUGCUCAUCAUCAGCCGCUUUCGUGCUCAAGAACGAUGUGUAGUGCUUUGUGUUGAAGUGGUCGUGGUGACAUGGCGUCCUUAUUUUAAACAACGUGGAAAGUGUACCAGAAUAUUUGUUCUUUUACAAUGGAUGUGAAUUAUGAUCGUGUUUGUAGACUGUGCUUGUCAUCCCGAAGCGAAUUACUGCCGAUUUUUCCUACCACCAGUUCGGAUGACUCGGAUCCUCCCGUCCUCGCAAGGAAAAUCAAGGAUUGCGUCUCUGUGCAGAUAAGCGAAAAUGACGACCUUCCUACUAAUGUCUGCAGAAAGUGUAUGGAUAAUGUGAAUAACUGGCAUAUAUUUAAGUCAGUUUGUGAAAGGACUCAAAACAAAUUAGAGUCUCUGAUAAAAAAAGAUGGCAACCAACUAGAAGAGGUUAAAAUCAAAAGUGAACCACUCUCUGAUGAAGCAUAUGAUGAUGGAGUUGUUAUUGAUGGAUCAUACCCUGAUGAAGAGAGUGCAGGAGGAUCUAAUAAAAUUCAACCAGAAGGCCCACCAAUCUUGGCCUCAUUGGGGCUCACACCAAGAAGUGAUAAGGGAAUGGACAGUGAAAAGGAGGAAGAAGAAGAAGACGAAGAGAUAAAUGAUCCAGGUCAGUCGUUCAUCUCAAAUGUGCCCUCUAUGCCCGAGGUUUCUAUCACAGUGAUGCGGCCUUCCGGCGAGACAUUACACGCUCGACAAGGUAUUCAGGCCCUAGCCUCCAAGGACUGCCUCGUCUGUGGCCGCUCAUACAGAUACUCCCAUAACGCCAGGCGGCACGAACUCACGGCUCAUAGUUUCGAUAGGUACACAAACAAAGUAUCACACAAAAAGUCUUUCGCACACAUGCAACCUAAACUAAGACCAAACCCGUUUAAUCCAAAGGCACGACUAAUGCCGAAUCACAAAAUGCAUCUUAUGCCUACACCUGUCCCGAAGUUGAUGCAGCAUAAAAUUGUCAACCCACCGCAACCAGUUCUAAUUAAAAAAGGACCACAGAACAAUUUACCAUAUCCACUUCGCAUUAAGGCGUUGAAGGAUUUACAAAUAAAGAAAAAAGAACCACAGAUGCUGAAAACUUUACUUACAUCAAAACCAGAGGUCUUGACUUCCGAAAUUGAUAUAGCAAACUCGGAACCAGAAAGUCCUGAAACUUUGGUAUCUGAACCUGAAAUAGCUUCUUUCCAAGUAGAGGCUAUACUAUCUGAACCUGACGCUUUUGAUCAACCUCAAGAAGGUGAAGAAGAUGGUGAUGGGGAAGGAAAUAAUCAAAGCCAGAAUUAUGAUACUGUUGAUAUGGAUUCUGAAAAUGAAAUUGAGAUUGCUCGCCAGCAAGAGAAUGAGGCGGAAGACGAUGAUCAAAAUGGUGAUCACGACAAUGAUGAUAACAUGCAACAAGACGAUGAGAAUAAUGAAGAACUGGCUCAUAGUGGAACAGUGAAAGAACAAUUUGAAGAGAAUGGUGAACAUAUGGAAAAUGUAGAAAAAGAAGAAAAUGUUGAUGAGAAACUCGAAGGUGAUAUUGAGACCAAAGAGGAGGGAGAGGACGACAAUGAAAAUGAAGAACAUGAGGUUAACCAUGAUGAAAAUGAUGAAUAUGAUGAUGAUAUGCCUCCUAUGGCUUUAGCACCUGUUGUUGAAAUAAAUGAGGAUAUGCAAACAAAUUCAUUCAAUAGUGAGAUGAAUGAGGAAGAAGAACUGGAUGAGACAGCCGACGAUACUGCCGAUCACAAUGAAACCGGAGAACAAGUCAAAGAGUUAGAUCCCGAUAAAUUGUAUGUAACGAAAACCCAACGGGAUUUCAUUUUGAAAUAUAGAGACAUAAUUCAACAAAUAAAUACGAAAGUGUGUCUCUGCUGUGACCGGGAACACCCGCGUCGCAAAGCUGUCAUUCAACAUUUGCAGAAAAAUGGACACAAGGUCCCAAAGCACACAUGUUAUAAUUGUGUGGUAACUUUUUCACAUAUUGGUGCCCUUCUAAGUCACAUGAGGUCCAACACUUGCACAGAUUUGUGGAAGAUUAUUUACAAUGAAAAUGGCAUCACUGAUGACUUGGUUGUAGAUGACGAACCUAAGGAAACAAAAGUUCCAUACAAGGACAUUUUCAAUGCAAGGUCUUAUGCUUGCAAGUUGUGCCCAGCUAAAUUCCAACUUAAGCAGUUUAUUAUGAAACAUGUAUUAGACGUUCACGAAGAUGGACAAUCUAGAGUUCCAAUGCAUUGUGUACAUUGUGGUUCUCGUUUUAAAGAAAAAAGUUUAAUCAAGAAACACAUACGAAACGGAGAUUGCACCGUUUACAUAUCUUGUGAUUUAUGUUCAGAAAAGUUUUCCAACAUGCAAAAAUUCAAUGAUCAUGCACUCGCUGUCCAUGCAGGAAGUUUUGACCAGUCCACUGACAACCAGAGCAAAUGCGUCGAUGGACGACCCACUGAUUGUCCUAUUUGUGGGAAAAAGAAUAGUAGUUACCCAAAUCUGGUAAAGCAUUUGAAAAUAAUUCACAAUGAAGAAAAGCCCCAUCAUUGCAAACAUUGCGACCUUAAAUUCGAGCAAGCUGCUGAUCUCAAUCAGCAUAUUUAUUCAGUUCAUUCUGACAGGGGUAUGACCGAACCCGAUAUGUCACUUGUUAAGGAGGAAGCUGAAGAAUAUCAUUAUUCUUGCACUGAGUGUAACGCUAUAUUUGAGACUGUCGACGCGUGGACUGAUCAUCAAGUGGCCGAACACAACCAGGUGGCGCACCACUGCGACCAAUGUGAGAAAAAGUUCCUACGACCGUCAGAACUUGCCGAACAUAAAAAUACUCAUUUGCGUGUGAAAUUCUAUCCGUGUAACAUAUGUAGUAAUUCUUACAGUACUCCACAAAAACUGUCAGAGCACGUACAACAAGCUCAUCCGGGCGUCGGCCCUGGAGCAGCGUUACAGGCCCUGGAGUCCGAAUUCUUCUGCGAUAUUUGUAUUAGAUCGUUCAAGAGUCGCCAAGCUUACUCUAACCAUAUGCGUAUACACGCCAAAGUUCCCACGACGAACAGGAAGCCUGGGGAUCCUAAAGGAUUCUCCCCGCAAAUUAUUGGUAAACCCAUAAAACAAUUCCCUGCUAUUCAAGCUAACUUCUUGUAUAAGCCAAAUUGUAAUGUUCCUAACGCCCCUUACUCGUGCGAUAUUUGUGGGAAAGGAUUUAUGCAUAAGAAAAAUAUAUGGAAGCAUAAAAAGGUGUUACAUGCGGAUAUACUUAAUGAUAGAAAUGACAGUGAAGAAAAUACAAUGCAAGCAGCGUCAACCGAGGAAGAUGAUUACAAUGUAGACGAAAAUGGAGCAAUUUUGUCUACACCGCAGUUUAAUAGUUUUAACUUUGCCAAUUUCACUAACAAUGUUCAACAACCGGCGCAGGAGGACCCUAUGCCUUAUUCCUGCGAACUGUGCUUUAAACGAUUUCCGCUUCGAUCAAGUUUAUACAAACACAAACGUGCUAAACAUGGAAUUGUUAAUGCUAGUGCUGGUGCUGAAACUAUGACACCGUCUAUUGUUCAGUCUGAGGGAAGCAGCCGGUCCAGUUGCACAAUAUGUAAAAUCACAUUCACCGACAAAAAGUCGUAUUAUCGUCAUAGAAAAAAUGUGCACAAGACCGCAACGCAAAUGUGUAAAAUAUGUGGCAAACCAUUAAAUUCCACAUUAGAACUCUAUGAGCAUCUGAAAGCUGCUCACGCUCGCGAGCUUCUGGGAUACAAUGCCAGUCAAGGUUCUAGCAGUAAGUCUCAAGAAAUGAAACAGGAAUUAGAAGUAGAUUACGAGAAUGAUCAAGAUUCAAUCGACCCUUCGGUAGACUAUCAAGCGCGGUAUCCCUGCGAUACUUGUGGGAAACAAUUCGUCGGAUUAUUGGCAUUACAGAACCAUCAGUGUAUAAAUCAGGUUCAUUCACAGCCGCAGACUUUCGACUGUGAGAUCUGUCACAAGAGUUACACAUCGAUCGCGGCCUUGAAGAGUCACCGCGGGUGGCACUUGCGUUCUCCUGACGGUAAGGCGGCGGCCAAUAACACAGGGUUGUGGAUGCCACAGAAUAAAGUGACGAAUAAGGUCAGUAAACACGAAGUGGUGGACCCAGUUCAGCUAGCGCGAGUCCAACACACGACCACGUCGACGCCCGUUUCUGCCGUCGCUGCAAAGAGAAGGCUGCCGCCAGAAGUAGAAGUGACUGUCGUUAACCCGAACAAGAAAUUACGGUCCGAUGAUUCCUUGGACUUAGAGCAACAGAGUGGCACAAUGGAAGACAGAUAUUGCACAAUUUGUGACAAAGAAUUCACAAAACGGGCGGCGUAUCAACGUCACAUGGAGGAGGUUCACAUGCCCAACUCUGUAUUCUGUCCCGUGUGCGACAAGAGCUUCACAAGGAAGUCUACUCUGAUCGUGCACAUGAAGAAGCACUAUGAUGGUGGACAGGGCAGUUCCAGUGGGACGCAGGUGGAGGAGGAGAUCGCUUGCGACAUCUGCGGCGCUCAGUUCGAUAACGAAAACGCAUUACAGUCACAUAAAGAGCGAAAUCACGGCGAUGAGGAAUCUGAGGAGUCUGAAGACGACGGUAGUGUGCCUUUUCCUCAGCCCGGCGAAUUCACGUGCGCCCAAUGUGGCGAUGGAGUUGCGACGCCCCGCGACUUGUUGUAUCACAGGACGAUGCACGCGACCCCUACUAAAUUCUACUGUAACAUUUGCAAAGUGUACUUUGCGAGAGCUCUAGACCUCUCGUCGCAUACUCGGGCGCGACACGCCGAUAACGAGAAAGUUUUUUUCCCGUGUGCCAUGUGUGAUCGAUUCUACAUGAACAAGAAGAGUUUGCAGCGGCACAUCGAGACGUCCCAUUGAUCGCAGGCCGAGGUUUUGGAUCCUCAAGAUGUCUGAAAAUCUUUGGUGUUUAUUACGUGAAGUUGUGCAACACGGACACUUUCCUUACGUAGGUACUGUUCGAUACGAAGGGACUAUUUUAUUACAGUAAUUAGCGUGGAAACCAUUUUGAAAUGACUACUGCCAUUCCUCGGCUAAAUAUAAUUUUACAUCUUAAUUCUUUAUUAUAUGUCUUAUGUUUUCAUUAUAUUUUUCAUAUAAGUCUGCUCACUUAUGCUUAUUUAUUUAUUAUAUUAUCAAGAUGUACUGUUUUCGAUAAGCAACAGUGGACAUGAAUCAAGAGUAUAAAUAUUGUCAAGAUUGAUACUUGGUACUUACCAUGAUUAACUAAAUAAAUUAUGAUGUAAAGAUAAGCGAACUAACUUUAUUCUUAUAUUUAGUCUAUUAUAUUAGAAUCAUGGGCCAAAAUUGUUAGUCAGAAACCAGUCAGAUCAGUGCAUAUGAUGACAAAUGAACGGUCACUUGCAUGUAUUUUAUUAUACGCGAAAUUGCAUAUAGUUUUGUUUUUAUUAAUAUAAAUUAAGUUAGUUUUACUGUGUAAAUAUAAUUUUAGUAUAUUAAUUGUAAUAAUUUAGAAAUAGACGAUUUGGAUUGAUAAAGGAAUGGUCAUUUAAGUUUUAUUAAAAUGUACUGAUUAUUUUUAGUAAUGCAAGUGUAUAUUUUAUACAAUGUAAAGUAACCACUAAGGGCAUAUUAUCACCUCAUCUAUGGUGUUAAAGUUUUGAAUUAGAAGUUUCAUUUGUAUUUUAUACAAAGUGGCCUAAAUCCUAAAUUGAUAAGUGGAUGCUCGAGUUUAUUUCGAAUGACAUUAGAUAAACCGAAACGACUUAGAUAUCAAACCAUCACCUUGGUCACACCUAACUCUAGUUGAGCCUUUAAAAGCUAUUUUACUUAACUACUGAUUUAUAAAAGGUUUAGUAAUUUAUAAAAUAAUUCCAGAGAACCGUAAAAUUUAUUAGGUACAAUAUUUUUUUCCAUGUAUUUCAUUAGAUACGAGACAUCACAUCAGGAGCAUUCAAGCGUGUUUACUAUGAUUAAGAUGUAAAUUUAAAUUCUAGUGAUUCUAUUUUUUUUUAUAAUGACCAGAAAAAGAUCAAAAGAAUCGAAGGCCUCCUUUAGCAGAAUGACAAUUAUGGAUAUAGAUUAAAAAGAAUAAUAAUUAUGCAUUACGAAAGCAUGCUUAUUUGUCAAGUGCCAAAAUUUUAUUUUUAUGUAAGUACAGCUCGCUAAAUCAAAUAAAUGUUAACACCAUAA